AUGCAAGAUUCUAAAAAGGGAUUUUUACCCGUUCAACAUGGUGUAUAUCUCAGCAAGACGCAGUGUCCUAAAACAUCUGAUGAACUUGAGAAAAUGAGCAAGAUCCCUUAUGCCUCUGCCAUAGGAUCUAUCAUGUAUGCCAUGGUAUGUACACGUCCAGAUGUUGCAUAUGCAUUGAGCAUGUGUAGCAGAUACCAAUCAAGUCCUGGAGAAGCACAUUGGAGUGCAGCUAAGAAUAUCCUGAAGUACUUGAGAAGGACCAAGGAUGAUUUCUUAAUAUAUGGGGGAGAUGAAAAAUUAAUCGUAUAUGGCUAUACUGAUGCAAGUUUUCAGACUGACCGAGAUGGCUUUGAGUCACAAUCGGGUUGUGUCUUCAUCCUUAAUGGAGGAGCUGUGAGCUGGAGAAGCUCCAAACAGGAUACAGUAGCAGAUUCUACAACAGAAGCUGAGUAUAUUGCUGCUAGUGAAGCAGCAAAAGAAGCUGUUUGGAUAAGGAAAUUUUUGGAUGAACUCGGUGUUGUUCCUAGCAUUUCAAUGCCUAUUGAUAUCUAUUGUGACAACAAUGGUGCCAUAGCCCAGGCUAAGGAACCAAGUUCGAGCUCAAAAUCCAGACAUGUUAUGAGGAAGUAUCACCUUAUUCGACACAUCAUUAAUAUGGGUGAUAUUAGGAUGUGUAAAGUGCAUACAAAUGACAACAUUGCUGAUCCAUUGACCAAACCUAUGCCUCGGCCCAAGCAUGAGAGUCACACUAGGGCUAAGGGCCUCAAACAUAUUGGAGAAUGGCUUUAA